UCUCUCUCUCUCUCUCUCUCUCUUUCUCUCUCUCUAACCCAACACGAUUAGCAUAAGAAGACCCCCCCUCUCUCUUUCUCUCUCUUCUCCAGACUCUCACUGAUCCACUCUCCAACAAGAACCCCGCAGAAGCUUCUUCUUCUCUUUCUCCUGCUUAAGAUCUUUCAGAUGAUAUGGUGGGUUUGAGCUCUCGCUCACAAUUGAUCAGUGCCUUCCGAAAAUGGCAGGCCUCUUCUCUCUAGGCAACGGAGGAAGAGGAGGAGGAACCCACAAGGACCAUUCCCAACCAUCGGCAUCCGCUGAAGAAUUGGAGACCCAACAAGCCAACAACAACAGCAACUGCGUCGACCCCAGCUGGUUGUGGUAUCGAAACGGUGUGGUCUCUUCUUCUUCUCCUUCUUCCUACAAGGGUUUCGAGCUAUGCCACCAGCUACAACCACAGCUGCAGCAUCAGCACCAGCAAGAUCUCUACUUGUCGUCGUCGUCGCCGCCGUCGCGGAGGAUGAACGCGUCGGAUGACGAGAGCCUGAGAUCGGGGCCACCGUCGGCGUUCCUGCUGAUGAGGGACGGAGGGAUCAGCUGCCAGGACUGCGGCAACCAGGCCAAGAAGGACUGCGUCCACCUCCGCUGCCGAACCUGCUGCAAGAGCCGCGGCUUCCCCUGCGACACCCACGUCAAGAGCACCUGGGUCCCCGCCGCCAAGCGCCGCGAGCGCCAGCAGUUCCAGCUCCUCCACGGCGGCGACUGCGUCAAGCGCCUCCGCGAAGACCACGAUCUCCCCCGCUCCAAUUCCUCCGUGUUGGAGAUGGGGUCUUUCCCGGCGGAGGUCAACUCGCCGGCGCUGUUCCGAUGCGUGAGGGUCAGCUCCGUCGACGAUCCGGACGACCAGUACGCCUACCAGACGGCCGUCAACAUUGGGGGGCACGUCUUCAAAGGGAUACUCUACGAUCAGGGGCCCGACCAUGCCAACUACAUGGCGGCUGCCGGCGAGAGCUCCUCGGUGCACCUCGGCAGCGACAGCGGCGGCGGGAUCCAACAACUCAAUCUCAUAGCUGCUGCGGCCACUACCGGUGGUGACGCGAUGGCAACACCGGAGGAUGGCAACAACAAUGCGGCGGCGUCACAGGUCGCAGCUCCUCUCUUCGACCCGUCUUCGAUGUACCCGACUCAGCUCAACAACUUCAUGGGCGGCGCGCAGUUCUUUCCGCACCCGAGACGAUGAUAGUAAAAAGGGCCCCCGCACCACCCACUCUAAUCUUCGACACGGGAUUAGGGGGAGUCACAUUCUGAUUUAUCUCGAGUUCUCAGCGGCGGUUGCAACAUCUGUCAUUUCAAAUGUUCGGGUCGGUUCGGAUCCGAGGCCUAAGCCUUCUGCAAUGUAAAAUUUUUUUUGGGGAAGAGUGGUUAGACGAGUGUGGUCUAAGUCGACCUUUCUAAGCUUUACAGUGUACAAACUUUCUGGAAGAGAGUCGUUAGACGAAUGUGGUCUAUAACUUGACCUUUGGGGGA